GCAGGAGUGCGUGGCCACAGAGGAGAGUCCUCAGGUCUUCUUCUGCUGCUGCGAAGGAAACUUCUGCAACGAGAGGUUCACACACCUGCCUGACGCCACCGGGCCGCUGAUCAAAGCCCCGCCCCACGGCGUCGGCGUGUUAAAGGUGAUGGUUUACUGCCUGCUGCCCGUCACCAUGCUGUCCGUCGUUCUGCUCACCGCCGUCUGGAUGUACCGACACCGGAAACCUCCGUACGGACACGUGGACCUCACGGAGGAUCCCGGUCCUCCUCCCGGCUCCCCCUUGGUGAGUCUCAAGCCUCUGCAGCUGCUGGAGGUGAAGGCCAGCGGGCGCUUCGGCUGCGUCUGGAAGGCCCAGAUUAUGAACGAACACGUGGCCGUCAAG